AUGAGUACUGAUAGGAAUUCUUUAUUGUUGAAAGCGGUUGAAGAUUCCACUUCCAAGACAGGUAAGCACGGUCAUGCUAAAUGCCACUUUGUGGCAAUUGACAUCUUCACUAGAAAGAAGCUUAAGGAUGUUGUUCCCUGUUCUCACAACAGUGAUGUUCCUCAUGUAACUAGUACUGACUACCAGCUUAUUGAUAUCUCUGAGGAUGGGUUUGCUAUCUCACUUAUAAUAUUGUCUUCGGUGAGUCUAUUGACUAAAAAUGGUAACACCAAGGAUGACUUGAGGCUCCCAACUGAUGAUACUCUAUUAGCUCAGAUGGUUAGCUGGGUG